AGUCUGGUCCGGAAAUCCAGGCUCGGACCUACAGUCGUCGGGGAAAGCUCAGGCGCUAAAGUGGCCUAGCCUGGAAGAGAGGGGUGUCGCGUCCCAAGUGCGAGAUGCCAGCGGGGAAGCCCAUUCUCUAUUCCUAUUUCCGAAGCUCCUGCUCAUGGAGAGUUCGCAUUGCUCUAGCCUUGAAAAACAUCGACUACGAGACGGUGCCCAUCAACCUCAUAAAGGAUGGGGGGCAGCAGUUCUCAGCAGAAUUCCAGGCUCUGAAUCCCAUGAUGCAAGUGCCAGCCCUGAAGAUUGAUGGAACCACUAUUGGUCAGUCGUUGGCUAUCAUUGAGUACCUGGAAGAGACAAGGCCCACCCCAAGACUGCUGCCUCAGGACCCCAAGAAGCGGGCACACGUGCGCAUGAUCUCCGACCUCAUUGCUGGUGGCAUCCAGCCUCUGCAGAACCUGUCUGUCCUGAAGCAAGUGGGUCAGGAGAAGCAGCUGGCCUGGGCCCAGAAGGCCAUCAGCUCUGGCUUUAAGGCUCUGGAGGAGAUUCUUCAGCACACAGCUGGCAAGUGCUGCGUAGGAGAUGAGGUGACCAUGGCUGAUCUAUGCUUGGUGCCUCAAGUGGCAAAUGCAGAAAGGUACAAAGUGGACAUCACUCCCUAUCCCAUCAUCAGCCGCCUCAACAAGUCUCUGCUGGCCAUGGAGGCCUUCCAAGUGUCUCACCCCUGCCGCCAGCCAGAUACACCUCCUGAGCUGAGGGCUUAACUCUUAGAGAGCACCAACAGGUGGGCUGUAGGGAGAGGGGUGCAGGACCUAAAGCUGGGUGGGCCGAGGAGCCCCACCUGGAGAGGCAGGAUACUAGCCUGUAUACUAGCCCUGGAAGUGCCUCAACCUCCCCAUCUGUCCAGUGUGGCCACUUGGAGAUUGGAGGGUGGAGGGAGGAGAGAGGCAUGAGCAUGGACUGUGGCGGGAACAGUCUUGAAGCUGAUAUGAGAAUCAUGGUGCCUGGCAAGUUAGCUGAAAGAAGUUUGGAUGCAGCCUCGCCUCCCAGCCCCACGUUGUACCUGACUCCAGAAAAAUGCCACAUUCUGCAAGACAUUAAACUGCAAAAGGCCUCUAGG